ACUCUAACGUUAUAACGAACUUUUCAUAUGCGACUCGACUUAACUCGUUCCGUGGUAAGUUCACGUCCAUGUGAGAUUUUUUUGUUAAAUGCGAUUGCGCAGUUAUUUUGCAUUAACCAUACGGCAAGCAAACGACAGACACUACGAAUAAGAACUGCAACGAGUUUAGGUUAGUGUGUGUGUGAAUGUGUUUAUGUUGUUGUUUAUUUUGUGAUUGACCGAGAUCUUGGUUAAAACUAAAAACAGAAAAAUAAGCAAAAGAAAGAAAAAAAACGAUAAAUAAGAAAAUCUUUAUAAAAACAAAACAAGACUAUACUAAACAUAUCACAAAAGGAGAUACAACAUAAAGAAUAGGAAAAGAAAACCAACAAAAAACUUUAAAUAAACGACAAAUUUGUACAAAAUGCUGCUGAUCAAAUUAAUUAUAGUCAGUGUUUUCUGCCUUUUGAGCUUCACUUGCAAUGUCAAAGGUGAAAAGACACAAUUAGCGAAAGCAACAGAGGAAGCCAGCAAUCGAAAGGAUACACCCUCCACCCCAUUGGUGGGGGCGGUUACAGCAGUAGCUGGAACGACAACAACACAAUCUAACAUUUACCGAAUUAAAAGACUGAAUCUCUCAAAGGAUAAACCAAAAUUACGCAAACAGCAGCGGAUAAUAGAAGGACAUGGCGAGUAUCUGGAAUCACAGCAACAACAUCUAUCGCAGACAACACCAUUGCAACAACAGCAGGACAGAAGCAACAUCCAUUAUAUGGAUGAGGCAAAGGAUAUGCAGCAGCACCAACAGAAUAUGCAGCAGCAUACUCGUCUAUCCAACAAGGCCAAAGUAAAGAAAGUGAAAAAUAUGGGAAAAAACUCGCAUGGCUUGAAUAAGAAAUUAUUAAACAAAUUGGGCUUCACCAAAGUCAAGGCACCUAACAGUCAUAACCGGAAACGCCUGGCUGUUGAGUCACGACGUCAUGCCUCACCCGAUGACUCACAUAUGUUCAUUAUAAAAUUACCGCCAAAUAUGUACUAUUACACCAAUCCGAAGGCAUCGUCUGGCAGUGGAUCACCCAAUGCCAUCACCUCGUCCUUGUCCUCCUCCUCAUCCUUAGGGCCGUCAUCUGUGGACCUGAAGAGUUCUUUGAAGUUGCAACAGCAGGAGCAGUCAACACAAUCAGAGGAUGGAUCAAACAAGGAUGCUAACGGAAAAAAGGUCUCAUUCCCCUUUAACUCAAAUGGCAAACCAGGACGCAUCUAUCAUUGGAAUUUGCCAGUCAUUAAGAAGAUGUUGGAGGAGAAACAACAGCGUUUCCCCAGUGUGGCUCACGUGGAGCCCCAUAAGGUGCAGCAGCUGAUUGAUAUCCACCAAAUACCCACAUGGUCUAAGCCCUGGGAGAAUGAGUCGAUUGAGAAGUCCUAUCACCAUGACUCUAUGAUGAGCUAUAAAAAGUCAUUAAAACGCAAAUCGCCCUCGUAUUAUGCCCCAGCCAAUACUGUCAAUAAAAAUAGUUUCAAUAAAUACUUCUCGGGCAAUGGCAAACCCAAAGGAUUCUAUGUCAUCAAAGAGAAUCAAAAGAAGCCUUCGUACUAUAAAAAUAUUGUGGCGUAAGAAGUUUGAGGUGAGAGAUGAGUAGGGUAGAGCUGAAGCCGUCUAAAGAAGGUGGUCUAGUACUAACCUUCAAAACACUUUUUUCUUUCUCAACAGAAAUAAAGUCUAAUCCUAAGCCUAAGAAAACCGCAACAGAAUGAAUGAAAAAAAUUAUUACUUUAAAGGAAUUGUAAGAAUUUAUGGAAAGGGGGGGACAGAGAUAAGGAGUUUUGCAGUUCUGUGGGUAAAGGGGGCAGGGUAUGAAGGGAAUAUGUGGAUACAUUUUAAAAGCCAUAACUUUAAAGGGAAGAUGUAUUAUUAGUUGGUGUGAUUAGUGGUUCCAAAAGAAACAAAUUAACAAAAACUCAAAAAAAUUACUUUUUUACAAUAUGUUCUUGGAAAGAAAUUUUUACAAAAAUUACCUUAAAAACUAAAUUUUGUAAGAAUUUCAUUCAUGUAGGAAAUUUUUGUCAAGGGAAAUUUUGAAAAAAAAAAAUUAAGGAAAAUUUCAUAUAGAAAUAAUAUGUUGACACAAUUUCCAAUACAUGAUAGUAUAACAAAAUAUCCAAUAGAAAUGAAAUUUUGGCAAAAUUUCCUAGAGCAAAAACAUUUUUGAAAAAAAUUUCCUAUAGAAGUUAAAUUUUAAAAAGAUUCCCAAAAAAUUAAAUUUGACUUAAUCUAUUGUUGACUUGUUCCGUAUAGACCCUAAAACGGCUGAACCGAUUUAAAUGAAAUUUUCGUAGAUUGUAGAGUUUGGUAUCCUGUUGAAAAGAGGUAAUUAAUUUUGUGAUAUUCACGAGAGGGGCUACAUCGAUUUAAGCGAAAUUUUUAUACCCCCUUAUGGUAAACCAAAAACACAAAAUUGGUAUAAAUAUUUUGGUUUGAAUAACUUGGGGAAACGCCCUACCCCAAAACCCAUAUUGGUAUCAAGUGAAAGGUAUUUAAGAGUAGAGUACGAACUUGAAAGACCCUUAGUGUAGUCGGCACACAACAAAAAACAAAGGAAAUUGAAAGUAGAAUACGAAACACACAAAAAAAAAGCUGUCAAGUUACAGAGGUCGCCCCACCCCAAAAAUCACUCUUAAACGGACAUGUAGUCCGAUCGGGGCUUGAGUGUAGAACUCGAAACUUACAUACAAAUUUGGGGUCUAUUCCCAAAUUAGGUCCCAAAUGGACGUGCACCGAACGGGACAAUAUGGGACACAAACGAGAUAUAUUUGAUUGUAGAACACGAAAAUUAUAUAAAAAUUUGGGGGUUCGCCCCAACCCUGGAUAAUAUGAGAAUCUAUUGAAAGGUAUUUGAGAGUUUAAUACGAAUAUAAAUUAUUUUCAAAUUUCGACCAUUUCAGAGGCCGUAUGUUUCCUAUAAAAACGAAAUUUUGACAAAAUUUCUUUUUAAUGAAAAAGAAUUUAUAAAUUUACAAAUCUUCUAAUUAAAGGAAAUUUUGACAAAAGCUUCCUAUCGAAAUGAAAUAUUAAUAAAAAUACCUAUGAAAAAAAAACUCUGUUAUAUAAAAAUUAUACUGUUGCACUUUGUUUGUUUGUUGCCUGUUCUGUGUAGACUCAAAAACUGCUGAACCGAUUUUCAUAAAAUUUUCACAGAUGGUCGAGUUUAAGCCCAUGAUGAAGAUAGGGCAUUAAAUUUUUUGUAAUUCGAAGGGGGGACGGAUUCUCCCCCUUACAACCACUUUCAACAACGUCAGAUCUCGAUGAUGGGUCCACCGAUUUAAGCGAAAUUUUGUAUGCCACCUUAUGGUGCCCGUAAUUGGUAUAAACUUUUGGGGUCAAAUAACUUGGGGGAACGCCCUAUCCCAAAACCCACCCGAACGGACAUGUUUACCGAAUUGGACAAUAUGUAUAUCAAAUGAAAGGUAUUUAAGAAUAGAGCACGUAAUUGGCAUAAAAAGUUCACUCUUAGUGUCGGGGGGUCCUCCACGCCCAAAAACACCACUCAACAGGACACUCUUACCACUUUAGGCAAUAUGGAUAUCAAAUGAAAGGUAUUUAAAACUAAAGUACAAAUUUUACAUAAAAAUUUAUUUCUUGGUGUCUGAUUCCGAUUGGGACAAUAUGGGUCUCAAAUUGAAGGUAUUGGGGUGUAGAUUACAAAUAUGGAGAAAAUUUAAGUUCAUUUAAUGGGUGGUGUCUCCACCUCCAAAAUCCCCAAAAUAGGCAUAUCAGCCGACCAUGGCUAUAUGAGACACAAAUAAAAGAAAUUUGGGAGUAGUUUAGGAAAAUUACAUUAACAUUUGUGUUAAGGUAUCUCGAUGACGCUUAACCUCCUUAAACACUUCAAAUAGGUUAUAUGACCCAAAAUUGCAAUAUGAAACUCAAAUGAAAGGUAUUUGAGAGUAGAAAAGGUAUACAGUUUUGGAGCCAAGUGCUUGUAGGUAGGAUCCAAAGCACCCCCUAAACUGAAUUUAUUUCCUGAACAUAUCAAUAUGAGGCUCCAGUGACAUUUUUUGGGAUAACUAUUUUUAGGGCAAAGUAGCGGAGCGCAAGCGCCAGCCCGAGUCCGCCUUCCAAACUGUACAUAUUUAUCGACCAUGGACAUUUUGAGCUCUAAAUGAAAGGUAUUUGAGAGUAGAGCAAGAAUUUGACAUCCAUAUUUGGGCGAAAUGUUUGAAGUACCAUCCCACUCCCAAAAAGCACUCCCCGUCAAAUGGAUAUAUACACCAAUCACGACAAUAAAGGGCUCAAAUAAAACAUCACUUAUUUACCGCCUAUGGUAAUAUGAGGCUCAUAUAAAAAGUAUUUGAGAGUAUAGCACGAAGCUUAUAUUAACUUUAAGGGGGACAAGUGUCUGGGUGGCCACUUAACUCUUAAAAUACAGCCCAAGCUAGACAUAUUUACCCACUACAAUAUCGGAGUCCAAAGAAAGGUAUAAGGGAAUAAGCAAAAAUUUGCUCUUUACAGGGGCAAAUUUCUCACAUAUCAAUGAGUGCUGUCCGAUUCAAGUUUAAGCUCAAUGAUAAAGGACCUCCUUUUUAUAACCGAGUUAUAACGGCGUCCCGCAGUGCGACACCUCUAUGGGGAGAAGUUUCAACAUGAUUACUAUGCGUGGCAUAGUACCUCACAAAUGUCGCCAACAUAAGGAGGGAAUAGCCACCACUUAAAUUUUUUCCAAUGUUCUCGCCAGGAUUUGAAGCCACUCGUUUACCGUCAUUGGCGGACUUGCUUACCUCUACGCUUCAAUGACACGAAUUCGAUAUGCACAUUCGGGGCGAAAUAUCCCCACCUUAGAACUCAAUCAAAACAGGAAUUAUGUAUCGAACAUUGCAAUAAUGGAAUCAAAUAAGAUAGAAAGAGCGUUAAAGAAGGUGCUGCGGAGCAGGCCCGGUUCGGCUAGUUUCCUAUAGAAAGAAAAUUUUGUUAAAGGUCAAAUUUUACAAAUAUCGGACAAUUUUUACUAAUUUCGUAUUAUUUUUUUUUUACAAAUUCGUAUUAAAUUUUUUCUAAAAAAUUAAGUUUUGACAAAAUUUCCUGUUCAAAAAAAAGGCGAAAUUUCCUUAAGAAAUAAUUUUUUUUUAAAUUUCCUAACAAUUUGAAUUUUGUUAAUGCAAAAUCACCAUCACACCAAAUAAUAUUUAGACCCUUUUUCAUAAUCUCAAAAAUACAAAAACAAACUGUGUAGGUUUAAAAGCAGACACACAAGACUAUUAAUAAAAAAAAAUUGUAACACACAACGUAACAUAUGAAUAUGGGUCCUAAAUUUUUUAAAAACAUAAAAAAUACUAAUCAAGAUUAUGCAAAAAAACAUUAAAACAGCCAACUUUUAUACGAUUGGAAGCAAAGUCAAGGCUAAAUUUUAACUUUAAAGCUGCUAAGCAUAAAAUGAAACCCUAGAAGCAGAAGGAAGAGAUGAUAAAAAGCUAGUUUUGUAUUUUUAUAGCCAAGAAUAACAAAAAAAAUUAAUAAAAAUAGAAAUAAUAUCGAUAGCAGAAGAAGCUGAACAAAAAAACAGCCAAUAUAUCAACAAAAGAAAUUAAAACUAAAAAAAAUAAUGCAUUAUUAUAAGACAAUUUGUACUGAGACGUAGGCCUCGGGAAACUUUUCAACUCAUUUUGGCCAAAAGCAAACAGUUUAAACCGCCUUCAAUCUCAUAAUAAGGAGGUGUGGGUAAAAAAAAAUUCAUAUACGUAGUCGUGUUUAACUGAUAAAACUGAAUACAAUAAUAUUAAAAGUUUUUAAUUUAAGCUCAAAAUUUUGACAAACGAAACUAAGAAUCAGGGGCAUGGAUGCAGACAUGGUCCUCCCUGGGAUUCUUAAUUUUGUUUGCUUUUAAAACAAAAAAUUAUUUAGAUUUAAUGAUAACAUUAAUAAAAUACUUGUAGAACAACUUUUAUUAGAUUUAAUUCUCAAUAAAAAAAGAUUUAUUUUUUGUGUUUUUGUUUAGCUUUUAAGAGGUUUAUCAAUUUUUUACAAUUGAUUCAAUAUUUUUUUUUUUAAUUUUAUGUUUUCUUUUUGUUUAAGUUGAAAUAUUUUUAUAUUUAAGGUACAUAUUUUUUUUGUAAGAAGUGAGAGGCAAUACUAUUGUGGAGUGCAUUAAAAAGUCAAUAAGCAUAUACAUACAUAUACGAUAAAAUAAACAUUUUUAUACAAACAUAUAA